AUGCCUCGUCCAUGCCUCCGUCGUUGCCGCCGGCCAAACGACCCCGAGCGCAGCAAUCCGCUUCGCCUAACCCGCCGCCUCGAACUCUCGAGGCGCGUCCAACUCCUGCUGCUCCUCGCGAACCUCGCCGUGGCGGUCCCCGUCGCUUUCUACCUCCGUGCGACAAGGGCAGGGCCCUCGGGAUGCCUGCCUGGGGUUUUCUUCUGCGCUGCCGCGACGCUGGUCGUGACGACAUCGAUGGCGUACGUGGGGAAAUUGCGUGGAGGAUACAGGUCUAGUCGGUUCCUGAAGAAGGCCAUCGCUGUAGAUAUUGUCUGUCUCCUUAUGCAGGCCUUUGCGCUUGCGGAUCUUGGGCGAGGACGCUCCUUCCAUCACGGAUAUCAUCACGGGCCGUCGGCCAGUUCCGCCCACAAAGAGCUCAACGGUGAAGAGACGGAGGGUGCGUCGUGCACCCUCCCCAAAAUCUCAUUGAUCCUCACUGUCCUUGUAAUCGUCUCCUACAUCCACACCGUCGCCCGCUCCGUGCGUCUCCUCGCUUCGCUCCGCCGCCAGCCCGCCCAAUUUACUGGCACCGGUUACCGAGUUCUGCCCACCGACGACGUCAAAGUCCCCAUCGCCCUGUCUCUAAUCAAGGUGCCUACGUCCACCUUCGAUGGAAAUGGCAACGGCGCAUCGGUGGCGUCGUCCACAACCUUGGAAAAGGCCCUCACUCCAACCUCCUCAACAGACAGCGGAGUAGUAACGGACGAGCAAGAGAAGUCUUAA